AGAGAGAGAGAGAGAGAGAGAGAGAGAGAGAGGGUGAAAGAAGGAGGGAGAGGAGAAAGCAGGGGGGUAUAUAAGAAUGGUAGGUGGGAGUGGGGUCUGACCGCAAAGUGUCUACUGUUUAAGAGAAAGGGACCUCUCCCCCCCUCUCCCUCUUUCAGUGGCUCCCUCUCUCAGGCUGCAGCGCCAGCAGGCUCGUUGCCUCCGUGGAUCACUACUGCUGAGAGGGAAAAAAAAAGAGAGAGAGAGUGAGAGCAAGAGAGAGAGAGAGAAUUGACACAACUUGCAUCUCUCUAGGGAAAACAAGACAGCUCAAAGAAAAAGAAAAAGUCACAAAAAAGAAGCUUUGCAGAGAUUUGAAGUUUGGAGUGGCACAUAGUAGAAUAAAGAAGAGUGCAUCAUUUCAGACACUAAGUUUCUGUCUUUAAUUUCCAGUUCUAAAGUUCCAUUCAAAAGAGAAAAGUACCUUCUUCUACACUACUACUGACGGAAUCAAGCAUCAGAGUGAGUGUGUCAUCAUGGGGAUGCGAGGCCUGCUUCUGGCCUACGUCACUACGGCCAUUCUUUUGGAUCUCUCCAUGGCUGGCCUGCUGAGGAAAAUGAUCAGGCACAGAAGAGAGUCACUAACACCACCCAAAUCUGAGAACAUGACCCUACCUAAUCCAGACCAACCAGUGGUCUUCAACCAUGUAUACAACAUCAAUGUCCCAACCGGAUCCUUGUGUUCUGUGGACCUGGAUUCACCUGGAGGAUCAGAAAUGAAGCCCAAGUCUGUCCCGUCUGAACAGCACAUCGAGCACACUGUGGAUGGAGAAAACCAGAUAGUCUUCACACACAGAAUUAAUAUACCCAAGCAGGCUUGUGGGUGUGAUAACCAGAUGCCAGACAUUAAAGAUCUGAUAAACAGACUAGAGAUGUUGGAGGCUGAAGUGUCUAGUCUGAGGGAGCAGUGUACCAGUGGGGCCGGCUGCUGUGGAGCUCAAGUUACAGGUGAAGUCUCUACCAAGCCAUAUUGCAGUGGUCGUGGCAACUACAGUAUUGAAACCUGUAGCUGUCUUUGUGAGCCUGGCUGGAAAGGGCCCAACUGCUCUGAGACAGAUUGCCCGAAUUUCUGCCAAGAUCAAGGCCGCUGUGUGGAUGGGAAGUGCGUCUGUUUUGAGGGUUUUGGUGGCGAGGACUGUGGAAUUGAGCUGUGCCCUGUGGAUUGUGGUGAAUUUGGCCAGUGCAUUGAUGGAGCUUGCAUAUGUGCAGAAGGUUACAUGGGUGAGGACUGCUCCAUGACCAAUUGCUUAAACAAUUGCCUGGGUAGAGGACGCUGUGUGGAUAGCGAAUGCUUGUGCAAUGAGCCAUGGACCGGCUUUGACUGUUCAGAGCUUAUUUGUCCUAAUGACUGCUAUGACCGUGGUCGUUGCAUCAAUGGGACCUGCUACUGUGAUGAGGGCUUUGCUGGGGAGGACUGUGGUGAGGUCACCUGCCCAGAUAACUGUAACAAUAAAGGCAUCUGUGUUAAUGGUCAGUGUGUCUGCAAUUUCGGCUAUAGUGGAGAAGACUGCUCCAAGCUUACAUGUCCAAAUGACUGCAACAAGAGAGGCCACUGCUUCAAUGGGAGAUGUAUAUGUGAUCCUGGCUUCCAAGGUGAGGAUUGUAGCAUCCUCUCCUGCCCUGAUAAUUGCAAUGACAGGGGUAAAUGUGUAAAUGGGGAAUGUAUAUGUGCUCCUGGAUACCAAGGUGAUGAUUGUUCUGAGCUCUCCUGUCCCAAUGAUUGUCAUAACCACGGACGCUGUAUUGAUGGAAAGUGCAUUUGUAAGCAAGGCUUUGCAGGAGAGGACUGUAGCAUCAAAACAUGCCCCAAUGACUGUCAUGACCAUGGUGUAUGUGUGGAUGGUGAAUGCAUCUGUCAAAUUGGCUUCACAGGUGAAGACUGCAGUGAGUUGACAUGCCUUAACAACUGUCACGACCGAGGACACUGUGUGAAUGGUCAGUGUGUGUGCAAAGAAGGAUUUACUGGGGAGGACUGCAGUGAGUUGACAUGUCUUAACAACUGUCACAAUCAUGGACACUGUGUGAAUGGUCAGUGUGUGUGCAAAGAAGGAUUUACUGGGGAAGACUGCGGUGAGUUGACGUGUCUUAACAACUGUCACAAUCGUGGACACUGUGUGAAUGGCCAGUGUGUUUGCAAAGAAGGAUUUACUGGGGAAGACUGCGGUGAGUUGACGUGUCUUAACAACUGUCACAAUCGUGGACACUGUGUGAAUGGCGAGUGUGUGUGCAAAGAAGGAUUUACUGGGGAAGACUGCGGUGAGUUGACGUGUCUUAACAACUGUCACAAUCGUGGACACUGUGUGAAUGGCCAGUGUGUGUGCAAAGAAGGAUUUACUGGGGAAGACUGUGGCGAGUUGACGUGUCUUAACAACUGUCACAAUCGUGGACACUGUGUGAAUGGUGAGUGUGUGUGCAAAGAAGGAUUUACUGGGGAAGACUGCGGUGAGUUGAUGUGUCUUAACAACUGUCACAAUCGUGGACACUGUUUGAAUGGCCAGUGUGUGUGCAAAGAAGGAUUUACUGGGAAGGACUGCAGUGAGUUGACGUGUCUUAACAACUGUCACAAUCGUGGACACUGUUUGAAUGGCCAGUGUGUUUGCAAAGAAGGAUUUACUGGGGAAGACUGCAGUGAGUUGACAUGUCUUAACAACUGUCACAAUCGUGGACACUGUGUGAAUGGCCAGUGUGUUUGCAAAGAAGGAUUUACUGGGGAAGACUGCAAUGAGUUGACGUGUCUUAACAACUGUCACAACCAAGGACACUGUGUGAAUGGCCAGUGUGUCUGCAGUGAAGGAUUUACUGGGGAGGACUGCAGUGAAAAAACAUGUCCCAACAACUGCCUGGAUCGUGGAUAUUGUGACAAUGGACAGUGUGUCUGCUAUGUGGGUUACACUGGUAUCGACUGCUCAGAGAUGACCUGCCCAGGAAACUGCAAUGACAACGGCCACUGCUUGAAUGGCAUGUGCGUCUGUAUUUUGGGAUUCACUGGGGAAGACUGCUCUGAAAUCACCCCACCAAGGGACCUGGUUGUCACUGAAGUCACCCCAGAGACCGUGGAUUUGACCUGGGUCAAUGAAGUAGAGGUGACAGAGUACCUAAUCACCUACAUGCCUACUGCUCCUGGUGGUUUAGAGUUAGAUAUGCGAGUACCUGGUGAAAAAAGGUCUGCUACUAUUAAGGAGUUGGAGCCUGGUGUAGAAUAUUUAAUCAGUGUCUAUGCUGUCCUAAAUAACAAGAUGAGCAUUCCUGUGAGUGCCAGAGUGGCAACACAUCUUCCGGAACCCGAAGGUCUUAAGUUUAAAGCCGUGAGAGAGACAUCGGUGGAAGUUCAGUGGGAUCCUCUUAAUGUCAAGUUUGAUGGUUGGAACCUCAUCUUCAGAAAUACAAAAGAGGAGAAUGGGGAGAUUUUGAAUUCGUUGUCUCCACCUGAGACUACCUUUGAACAAUCUGGCCUGGGCCCUGGCCAGGAGUAUGAAGUUAAACUUGAGGUGUUAAAGAACAAGACUCGUGGACCUCCAGCAAGCAAGAAUGUGGUUACAAAGAUCGACGCUCCUAGCCAGGUGGAUGUCCGGGAUGUAACAGACACUACUGCUCUGAUCACCUGGUUCCAGCCCAUAGCUCAGGUGGAUGGCAUCUCUGUGUCCUAUGGCCCUAUCACUGGCUCCUCAGACAGCCACUCACUGGAACUGUCAUCAGUCGACACCCAGUACCACCUGUCUGAACUCUACCCAGACACAGAGUACAGUGUGUCUCUCAUGGCACGCCGAGGCGAAAUGACCAGCGUGCCUGUCUAUGAGACCUUCACCACAGAUCUAGAUGCACCUACGGACCUGAAGGCCAUAGAUCAGACAGACGAGAGCAUCACGUUGGAGUGGAAAAACAGCCAGGCCAAUGUUCCCAGCUACCGCAUCAAAUACGGACCACUGUCAGGAGGGGAACACGGAGAGCUGACCUUUCCUACAGGCAGACAGGAUACCACUCAAGCCAAGAUUUCAGGUCUCAGGCCUGGGACUGAGUACGGAAUGGGAGUGACCGCGAUCAAAGAUGAGAAGGAAAGUGCUCCUAGCACCACUAAUGCUGUGACUGACCUCGAUGCUCCUAAAGAUCUGGAGGUGAGCGAGGCCACAGAAAACACAAUGAUGCUGAUAUGGAGGAGACCUGUAGCUAAGAUUGAUGUCUACAAGCUGGUGCUCGUGGCUGCUGAUGGCCACAGGGCUGAGUUUGAAGUUCCAGACAGUGUCAGCACCUACAUACUAAAGAACCUGAACCCUGGCAUGCUGUACACCGUCACCCUGACUGCUGAACGAGGGAGGAAGAAGAGCGCUCCAGCCAGCAUUCAGGCAUCUACAGACAAAGAAAAGCCCCUGGUGGGCAACAUCACCAUCUCAGCGCUCUCCUGGGACGGCUUUAAUAUAUCCUGGGAGCUGAAGAGAGGCCAGUUUGAUGGCUUUCUGAUCGAGGUGGCUGACCCAGAUGGUCUCUCCCAGGCCCAGAACCACACUGUAUCAGGACAGGAGUACAGUUUGACUAUCACUGAUCUCUCGCCUAGCACUUUCUACAGAGUCGCUCUAUAUGGCCUGUACAUGGGAGAUCUCUUAGAGCCAGUGUUUGGGGAGGCUUUCACAGAGGCAGAACCUGAGGUGGAGCAUCUUUUCACCUCCAACAACAAGCCAGACGGUUUUAUGCUGCAGUGGACGGCUCCUGAAGGAAUCUUUGAAAUGUUUGUUAUCAAAAUCUCUGACAGAACGGGCAAGCAAAGGCAGAUGAGUGUAUCAGGAGAGAAAAGAACAGAAGUGAUCUCUGGCCUCGAUGAGGCUACAGAGUAUGAAAUUGAGCUCUAUGGGACAAUUGCAGGACGGAACUUCAAGCCUAUUUCUGGGAAAGCUCUAACAGGUCUGGGCAAACCAAAGGGUAUUCGCUUCUCUGAUGUCACCGAUACCUCCGCCACCGUUCACUGGACUGUCCCCAAUUACAGUGUUGACAACUACCAAGUCACCUACGUGCCCAUUCAUGGAGACAGUCCAACAACUGUCACAGUGGGCGGAGGUGAAUCUCACACUGUUCUGCCCAACCUGACACCUGGGGUGACCUACCGCGUGAGCGUCACAUCACUGAAGGGUCUGAAGGAGAGUGAGCCAGCCUCUGAUACAUUUACAACAGGUCUGGGACAACCAAAAGGUAUUCGCUUCUCUGAUAUUACGGAUACCUCUGCAACUGUCCACUGGACUGUCCCCCAUUAUCACAUCGACAGCUACCGAGUCACCUACACACCCAUUCUUGAAGACAGUCCAACAACUGUCACAGUGGGUGGAGGUAAAUCUCACACUGUUCUGCCCGACCUGACACCCGGGGUGACCUACCGCGUGAGCGUCACAUCACUGAAGGGUCUGAAGGAGAGUGAGCCAGCCUCUGAUACAUUUACAACAGUUCUGAGCAAACUAAAGGGUGUCCGUGUCUCCGACGUUACUGAAACCUCUGCCACGGUUCACUGGACUGUCCCUUAUUACCACAUUGACAGCUACAGAGUCACCUACACACCCAUUCAUGAAGAAACUUCAAAAACAGUCACAGUGGAUGGAGGUGAAUCUCACACUGUUCUGCCCAACCUGACACCUGGGGUGACCUACAACGUGAACGUCAUAUCAGUGAAUGGUCUGGAAGAGAGUGAGCCAGCCUCUGAUACAUUUACAACAGUUCUGGGCAAAUUAAAGGGUAUUCGCUUCUCUGAUGUCACUGAUACCUCUGCCACCGUUCACUGGGCUAUCCCUCGUUAUCGAGUUGACAAUUACAAAAUCUUCUAUGUGCCCAUUCAUUCAGGAAAACCUUUGUCAAUCACAGUGGAUGAAGGUGAAUCCCAGACUGUGCUCCCCAACCUGACCCCUGGGGUGGCCUACCGUGUGGGCGUCAUAUCAGUGAAGGGUCUGCAGGAGAGUGAGCCAGCCUUUGACACAGUAACAACUGCUUUGGACAAGCCUCACGGUUUGGUGGCAGUCAAUAUCACUGACACCACGGCGCUGCUGCACUGGCAGCCUACCAUUGCUACGGUGGAUGGAUAUGUGAUCACCUACAGCACAGAAACAAUGCCCCCGAUAACAGAGCGAGUUUCUGGAAACACUGUGGAGUUUGAGAUGAACUUGCUUUACCCUGGCACUGAGUACACCGUCAAAGUCUAUGCAGUGAGGGAAGCAGCCAAGAGUGCUGCCACGACUACACAGUUUACUACCGAUGUUGAUUCUCCUGAGGACCUUGAAGCCAGUAAUAUCCUGACAGAGAGCGCCACACUCACCUGGAAGGCACCACAAGCACAAAUCACUGGCUACAUCCUCACCUACGAGUCGGCUGAUGGUACAGUUCGGGAGGUCGUCCUCAGCCCCACAUCCACGUCAUACAACAUGAAUCAGCUCAGCGCCUCCACUGAGUACACAGCACGCCUGCAGGCCAUCUCCGGCCCCCUGAGGAGCCACAUCAUCUCCACAGUUUUUACCACCAUCGGAGUUCUCUAUAGAUACCCGAAGGACUGCUCCCAGGCUCUUCUGAAUGGAGACACCACCUCAGGACUUCACACCAUUUACCUGCGUGGUGACGAGAGCCAGCCCUUGCAGGUCUUCUGCGACAUGACUACAGAUGGAGGCGGCUGGAUCGUGUUUGUCAGAAGGCAGAGUGGUAAAGUGGAUUUCUUCCGUAACUGGAGGAACUACACUGCAGGAUUUGGGGACAUGAAUGACGAAUUCUGGCUUGGUCUCUCCAACCUGCAUAAGAUCACCUCCUUUGGUCAGUACGAGUUGCGAGUGGAUCUGAGAGAUAAGGGCGAGCAUGCAUACGCUCAGUACGAUAAAUUCUCUGUGUCAGAGCCACGCAGUCGCUAUAAGGUGCACGUGGGUGGCUACAGCGGCACGGCAGGCGAUUCGAUGACUUACCACAAUGGCCGUCCUUUCUCCACUUACGACCACGAUAAUGACAUCGCUGUCACUAACUGUGCCCUCUCAUACAAGGGAGCUUUCUGGUAUAAGAACUGCCACCGGGUUAACAUCAUGGGAAGAUACGGAGACAACAGUCACAGCAAAGGUGUCAACUGGUUCCACUGGAAGGGUCAUGAGCACUCCAUCGAGUUUGCUGAAAUGAAGCUCAGACCGUCCAACUUCAGAAACUUUGAGGGAAGAAGAAAGCGAUCGUAAAAGAUUCAUUAAAAAAGAAAGCAAAUCAAAUGCCCUCCUUUUUGCCAUUCUGCCCUUACUGCAUCAGUUCAACAUUUUCCGCUACCAAAGCAGAAGCUUAGCCGUAUCUUCCUCAUCUCUCCUCUCUCUCUCUCUCUCUCUCUCUCUCUCUCUCUCUCUCUCUCUCUCUCUUUCUCUCUCUCUCUCUCUCUCUCUCUCUCUCUCUCUCUCUCUCUCUCUCUUUCUCUUCCUCAUUUAAUAACCCAGUUAUAAUUGACAUCUACAGUAUGAGUCCUUGUUCCAGACUAGAGCUCGGCAUUGAUCGUGUACGGCACCAGUAGCUUAAGUGCCAGUCUACAGCUUCACUCACACUCACAAGCCUAUACGUGAAAAGUUCUCUUUCUUUCUCUCUCUCUCUCUCUCUCUCUCACACACACACACACACACACACACACACACACACACACACACACACACACACACACACACACCAAAGACCGCAAGCUCGAGCUAAUAAAUCUUUCAGAAAGCACACUGUACUCCUCCUGAGUGACUCUGAAAAGCUUUUCAAUUUACAAAAAUAACAUAUCAGUUUCUGUACCCACCUGGCCAUGUUAAUUCAAGUACGGUUUGCGUUCCAAGGGUAGAACGUUUGUUUGUUUGUUUGUUUGUUUGUGUGUGGGUGAGUGAGAGUAUGUGUGUGUGAAUGUGUUCUUUUUUUAGUGUUUGUUGCCUCUUACUGUUUUAAGCGCCUCAUGUAAAACUGUCAUGCAUCCAGUGGAGAAGUUGAAACCCAUUUUGUGAAUAUUAGCCUCAGUGUGACACAAUAAACAUCCCCCUGUCCUUCCACCAUCAUUCUAGCUGUCCAGACAGAAAGGAUGGAACGUCAUCACGUCAUCAUGUUUGCACCGGACAUACCACACACAAGUCUGUCAGCCUGAAAACUGAGACACUGCUCCAUCAUCAUCAUCAUCAUCAUCAUCACUAUCAUCACUAUGCACAGUGUGGUGUGUUUCUUUUUAAAACCUAUUGCAUGCUACAUUAAAAUGACUGGUGCUGAAUCUUUCA